CCAAUCAGGACACUCCUUGCCGACGCGCGCAACUCCAACCAGGAAAGAAACAUUUUAUUUUUCUUUCGUCGUCUUCAGGAUUACAAAAACAGAUUUCUUGUUUAUAUAAGAACAUAAAUCAGUUGAAAAUGUCCGCCGGACCCGACCCUAUUUAUAUGACAUCUCUUGGGAAUGGCGACAGUUUGCACCAACAAGUUCUUGCCUCCUUUCCUUUGAGUGACAUGACCGAAGAAGAUCUGAUCAGGAACCCACAGUUGUGUAAACUACUUGCCACUUUGGCCCAACAUGUGGACCAGACUGGACUUACUGUGUCACUGAAAUCAGAGCUGGACAAGGCUGAGCAGAAGCUGCAGACCCAGAGGCGUCAUUGGCUGCACUCUGAGAGCCUCUACAGAGGGCUGCAGGAGAUGAUCCAGGACUGCUGUGUCAGGAAGCACCAUACCACUGUACCUCCUGACCAGACAAUGUUCUGUGAAACAGUGGACAAGUGUCUGCUGGUGGCUCAGUGUGUCAGAAUGCUGGAUCCCAGUAGCUCUACCAACCAGGACCAGCCCUCCGUUCUGGGCCUGAACCCACAACAGGUGCUGGAGCUCAUGCCAUCAGAGAAGACAGUACAAAGAAUGAAACAGAGUUUACCCAGAGAGCUGGAGAAACAUCUCAAGAAAAAGUGCCUGAACCUUCUCUCUUACUAUCAACCUGAAUGGGAGAAUGAGAGUGAGGGUCUGAAGAACAGCAAGUUGUCACAUCUCUCCGUCCUGCUGGACAAGGAGAAGAAACGGGCAGAGAGUCUGAAGGAGACCUGCAGGGAAAACACAGUACUCCUGCAGAGACAGACUCAACUCUACCUCUCUGAGCUGAUUAAGUGUGUUCAGCUCCUUCAGUCUCUCAUCCUGGACCACAGACUGAAGACCCAGACCGAUCUGGAUGGGAAGAAGUUGGAAUACUUUGAAGGCAAAUGUGAACUAGUCUUACAGAAGAUAAAGGCUGAAAUGGUCGAAAUCCAGUUGGACACGUACACUGCAGAUGCAAUAUCUGCUCAUAGAAAGAUACGAGGAAAGCUGGAGUCAGAGCUGAAGGCGUGUCAGGUGGAGAAGCAGUCUGUGGAGUUAAAACUGGCCUCCUUUGAGAUCUUGGGCAAAGACUUUGAGGCUCUGGCUCAGGAGUACUGCAAAUUACGACAGGAGAUUGAGAUGAAAAACUGGGCUGUGCAGGAGUUCAUGCAAUACAGUAAUAAGUGAAUUUCAUAUGUGAUUAUGGGACGCCACCCACCCCCUGUAUUGCAGUGUGUCAGAGCUCAUGACACAGAGUCUACAGACUGCUGGUUGACAGAAUCUGCUCUUAACUCAACUAUUUAAACUGCUUCAGUAAUAUGUUUUCUUAAGAAAAGACAAGCCUCAUUUCAUUAUAAUAGUAUUGUUAUUUUUGUGUGUAUUCUCCCAAACAUAGAAAUAUAAUGCAGGGUUCCCACGGGUCCUCGAAACUUGUGAAUUUGAAAGAUUUUGAAAAUUGUCAUAAAUAGACAUGGGUCAUUGAAAGUGCUUGAAUUUUGUGCAAGAAAGAAGUUCAGUUGAUAUUUAGACUAGGCCCACAUAGAAUAUACGCUGAUGUGAGAUUCUGCACAGAACAAUGACGAGUAACGUUAAGCAAGAGGGAGCAAAUUACGUGAUGCCUGGGAAAUGCAAAUUCCAAGAUCUCUGGCUCACCGAAGAAAAUUACAAAGACUGGCUUGCCCAGGAUCCGUGCUGCAAAUCAAUAAAAGUGGACACAUGGACGAAGCAGUUCUUACAAGCCCUCCCAUCUUGAGCUGUGUAAGCACAUUUGGUCCUUGAAUUUAAGAGAAUUGGUCCUGUAAAGUGCUUGAAUUUGAUGUCAACCAAGGUGUGGGAACCCUUAUAACACUCACAAUGACCUAUUACAUGGUAAAUUUUAUCAGCUUAUAGUUGGAAUAGAAUUCAUGCAUACAACUCUGCAGACAACCUUCACUGCCUUUAAAGCAGCAUUUAAUCAACCUUUGCUGUAAAGGUUACAGCCAUAGAUGUAGUGCACUAACUUUAAAUAACCUAGAUAUUCCACAUCAAACCUUUUAUAUGGGCACUGACUUUUUAAAGUAAUGUCACAUCAUGGGGACCCUUUUUACAAUAAAAUCAUGUCACAAG